GCCUUGACCACCGGAAGUGCUCGAUAAACCGAGGCUGCAAAGUGCGUCACAGCGCAGAGCUGCAGAGAGUAAACCGAGCCUGUCGUCCUGCACCAACGCUUUUGUGUUUCUACGUUUGGAAUUAAACCCUUUUUUGCAGCAAUAUGGUGAAGAUCGCUUUCAACCCGGCUUUGGCGCAGAAAGCUCUCGGCAAAGAGCUUGUCCCUGUGAAGGACCCUGAGCUUGCUACAGCUCCAGUGAGUAUGGCGGGUUCCACAGGUCGCUGUCUGGUCACACUGCUGGGCAUCGCCUUCAUCCUCAGUGGACUCAUCGUGGGGGGAGCCUGUCUCUAUCGUUAUUUCACCCCCAAGAGGCUGUAUCACGGCGCAAUGCAGUUCAGUGACGUGUCAGCUAUGGGCGAUGCUGAGAGCCGGCCCUAUUAUCUCCCUAGAGUGGAGGAGGAGGUGGAGAUUUCUGACAGCAUGGCCGUCAUCAGUGUCCCUCCGCCCCGCUUCAGGCCCGGAGACCCCGCUUACAUCCUGCAUGACUUCAACAGGAAGCUGACAGCAUAUCUGGACCUGACUCUGAGGACCUGCUUUGUGAUUCCACUCAACACUUCAGUGGUGCUGCCCCCUCAGGAUCUCAUCGACCUCUUCUCACAGCUGAUAUCUGGCUCGUACCGCAGCUACUUGGUGCACGAGGACCUGGUGGUGACCGAGCGUAUUGACGACAUCAAACCUCUGGGCUUCUACAUUCGCCGCCUGUGCAAUGGCAAGGACACCUACAGAAUGGAGCGCCGUGCCAGCCUCCCAGGCGCAGGGAUCCAUAAGCGGUCCGCAGAUGAGUGUUUCACCGUUCAUCACUUUGAAAACAAGUUUGUAACCGAAACACGGAUCUGCAAGGCUUGAAGGGAAAAGGAUCUUCUUGCGAGAGCGAGAGAGCGUUGGCGGGAGUAGGUUGAGGAGGAAACGACGGUGAGCCGAGACUCCUGUUUUUAUUUGCAUUCCCUGUUUUAACUCUCAGUGACGUGUGGAUUUCAGUUCUAGCCUCCUCUGCUACAUUCUCUUAAAGCUGUAUCGGUCUUAGCUGUCAAGUAUUAGCUUGCUAGUCUUGUGCUAACAAAUGGCAUCCUCCUGUUAACUGAGGAUUUACUAAGUUUAGUUUUCUCUGUCGUGUUGCCGUAGCUUCCUGCAGAGUGAACUCGUUACGUUAUUCUGUUUUUCAACAUUUAAUAUUACAGCUGUGUGCGUGGGUACGUGCAUGCGUGAGCGUGUGUGUGUGUGUGUGUUGGCCUGCACACAUUCAGAGCAGCUUUGUAAACUCACAAGGAGAUGUACAGAAUUCUGUGAUGUGUUCUAUCUUAUAUGUUCUAGUACAAUAGCACAAAUCACCUUGGAAAUGUUGGUCGCGGUGUAAACUGUCUUUUCAUGGAUGCACAAGUCCUGCUGUAUGAUGUGUAUUUAAUGAUUUCCUACCUGAUGGUGAAGUAUAGCUCCCUACAUGACUUAGUGCUUGUGUUGAACUUCCUUUGUGUCAAAGUCCUCGCUUCCAAAGUGUAAUAUUGUUCUAUUUUGGUCGGAUCAUUUGAAUUCUCGUAUCCCCGCAGUCCUCAAAGGCGUAAUAAAUAAAUUCAUGUAGAUUCAGUAUUACCUGUAUGAAUUUUAAAAUGGAAUUUCAUUGAGAAAUAUAUGAAUUUAGAUGCCAAUAGGCAUGCUUAUUGCAAUAGCCCUUUUCCGUGACUCCAAGAGGAUUUUCAACAACGUCACACAGAAAGACAAUCACGCAGGAAGUAUGUUUGAAAUUGUUUUGUCCCAACUUUGUAACAGAAGCAGAUACAUGAAUAUUAGACGCGACACAAAUGUGUAAAUAUUUAACUGAUCUCACUUAAAUAAAGUAGAAUUUACUGACUUAA